AUGAGCUACAGCAUGGAAUAUCUCACGAGCUCUCCACAUAGGAGGGCACAAGGUGACUUCCUUCGAUUUCAGCCUAAAACCCUUGGAUUGUCCUCCGCGUCAUUCAAACAGAGCAGUCUGGUGCUUAAAAAAGAAUACAGUUCUCCUGUUCUCAGAUCCACUGAUAGCACAGACCUUGUAAACCAGUUUAAAUUGCCGAAUAUAAACGAGAAGCAGCUUCUCCAGGGGCUUAACGACCGCUUUGCGGGCUUUAUCGAAAAGGUUCAUCAGCUUGAAAGCCAGAACAACAUUUUGGAAAAUGAGAUUCAGGAACUGAGGAAAAAGCAAGUUUCCCUGUCCUCGCUGUCUGAAGUUUACGAUCCUGAAAUCAAAGCUCUAAGAAAGCUUGUCGGUGAAAUCACCUUUCAAAAGGCUCAGAUUGAGCUCGAGCAUCAUCAUUUGGAGGAAGAUAUUCACCUUUUGAGGGGGAGAUGUGAAGAGGAAGCUCGCAGUAGAUCAGACACUGAGGCCAGCAUUAUGACACUGAAGAAAGAUAUUAAUGAUGCACACCUCUCCAAACUGGAACUGGACAAAAAAGCUCACUCUCUGAUGGAAGAAAUACUUUUCGUAAAGAAAAACCACCAAGAAGAGGUAUCGGAAAUAAUGGCCCAAAUCCAUGAUGUGCAACUUACUGUCGAUAUGAAAGAUUUUAGAAAGCCAGACAUCACUGCGGCUUUGAGGGAAAUCAGAAGCCAGCUUGAAGGUCACAUCAAUACCAACAUGCAACAAGCAGAGGAAUGUUUCAGGGCCAGGGUAGCUAAACUGACAAAAGCUGCUGAAGUGAAUAAUGAAGCUCUCCAAGUCAGAAGAGAACACAUCCACGAGCACAGACGCCAGCUGCAGUCAAAAAGCAUAGAACUGGAAACAGUUAAAGGCACCAGGGAAUCUUUAGAGAAGCAACUCGGUGCGCUUGAAGAGAGGCACGAUGCGGAAAUCAGUCAUUACCAGGAUGCUAUCCAACAACUGGAGCAUGAGCUUAAACACACACAGUAUGAUAUGUCAGCUCACCUGAGAGAGUACCAGGAUCUUCUGAAUGUCAAAAUGGCCCUAGAUGUGGAGAUUGCUUCCUACAGGAAACUUUUGGAAGGUGAGGAAGCAAGAUUUUCUUCAGUUACUGCAGGUCAUGUUCCAGCCUCAUACGAGUACAAACAAUCCUCUGUCUACACUGUGCCAAGUUUCACAAGGCAGAAAACUACCACUAAGAAGGUGGAACCACAGUACAAGUUUGUUGAGGAGAUCAUCACAGAAACAACCAAAGAAGUGGAAAUGACAGAGAUUGAUGACACUGAUACCGAGGAAAUAAUGAGUGAAGAAGAAAGGAUUGAAAAGGAGAGUCCAGGGGAUGAGGUGGAAACAACAACUGACAUUGGAGAGGCUCAAGAGGAUGGAGAGGAAUUGGAAACUGUAGAAGCAAAGAAACACAAGGAAGAUGAACAAGGAGACAUCUCAGCUGAACCUAUGGAUGAGGAGGAAACUGCAGUUAGAAAAGGUGAUGAAAAAGCAGCUGAAGCUGAAGUUGCAUCGGAAGCUGUAGAAGAGACAGAAACCUCCCAAGAUGAUGUGGUUGAUGCAGAAGACACCAAGGAUGAGAAAGAAGCAAAAGAAGAGAGCCCUGAUCAAGUAGAAACCUUUGAGGAUGUGAAUACAACUAUUGUGGAAGAAAUCACAAAGGAACCUACAGAUGUAGCAGAAACAGAAACAGAUACUAAAGUAGAGGCACCAGAAGAUGAGCCUUUAGGAGAUCCAAAAUCACUGCCCAGUGAAAUGACACCAGAAACAAAUGAAUGUGAAGAGUCAAAAAAGGUACUGACUUCAGAUAACAAAACUGAAGAGGUAAAACAAGUAGACAAAACAGAAGACACAAAAGGGGAGAGCUGUGUAACAAAGAAAGAGGAAGAUACAUCUGAAGAGAAAAGUGUCACAGUAGAGGAUGAGGUUAUUAAGCCAGAAAAGAAAAGCCCUCUUGUGGAAAAGACAGCAGAAAAAGCAAUCCAUGAACACACUGAGGAACAAGAUACAGUGGAACCAAAGGAAAUGACCAGUGCAUUGGAAUCAACAGAAGAACCUGACAAAACAGAAGAUAAAAUAACCACCAGCGUCAAAGUGGAAUCCAAGGAUAUUCUGAAAAAGGAGGUGGUGAGCCAAUCAAAAUUAGAAGAAGAGGGUGCUUCAGAACCUGAGAAGACUGAAGAGAAAGCAACCCCAGAUAUUGAAGCAGCACAGGAAGACAUUCCAAAAGAGGAGACUGUAAGUGAAUUAAAAUCAAUAGAAGAAGAAACUUCAAAAUCUGAAAAGACUGUAGAAGAGGUUACCAUGGAUUUCAAAGUGGAAAACAAGGACCUUAUAAAAGAGGAGAUGGUCACCCAGACAAAAUCUGAAGAAAAGGAUGCUUCAAAACCACACACACCUGAAGAGAAAACAAAGGCAUUUAUUAAGGUGGAACCAGAGGAUCUUCAGAAUGAGGAGUCAAUGAGCCAACAGAAAUCAAAAGAUGUUGCUUCGAAGCCUGGCACACCCGAAGAGAAAACAACCCCAGAUAUCAAAGCAGACGAAGAUGCAAAACAGGAAACUUUGAGUGAAUUAAAUCUGGCAGAAAAGGACAUUUUGAAACCUGAAAAGACUGAAAUUAAAGAAUUCACAGAUGACAAGGUGGAUGUUAAAGACCUCCCAAAAGAGGAUACAGUAAGCCAAUUGAUACUAGAGGAUGUUUUGAAGUCUGUCAAACCUGAAGAGAAAGCAACCACAGAAAUUAAAGUAGAAACCAAGGAAAUUCAAAAGGAGGAGAUGGUUAGUGAAGUGAAAUCAGUAGAUGUUGCUCUGAAGUCUGACAAACCCAAAGAGAAAGCCAUCCCAGAAGAUGAAGAGUUAAAAGCAGACAAAAUUCUAGAGGAAGGGGAGAAAUCUGAUUCAGAGGAAGACCAAAAGCCUGAAUUAACACUUUCUCCAAAAGAGGAAGAGAAAGGGGACAGCAUUACAGCACUAAGUGAAGGAAAAGAUGAAAAACUUUCCAAGAAAGACUACAAAUCUACAGAGGACACAGGGGAGGCGAGAUCAUUCAAAUCUGAUCUAAAGGAGAGGACAGAAACUCACACUAGCUUGGACACAAAACCACAAGAGAUAUCUCCAGGAAAGGAGAACCCAACUGACAGCUCAGAGAUGGAAAAGACAGAGGACUUAAAGAAGACAGAUUCGAUUCAACAAAAAAAGAAAAUACAAGAAUGUCCAGAGAGCCCAGAUACUGAAGCAGAUGAAAAGAUCAAUGAUUCCAAAGAAGACAAAACAGCGGAGGAGGAAGUGCCAUCUUCAAAGGAAACUCCUGUAAAAGAAGACAAACUGCUGAUAGGUGACAUGGAUGAAAAGAUAGAGCCAGAAGAAAAGGUGACAGAAGAAAAAGUCACAUCCACAACACAAGAGAAUGGUCUUGAUGAAAGUGAAGACUUGAGCAAGGAGGAGACAACAUAUACAGUGGAGACAAAAGUGCCUGCAAAGGAGAGUCAGGUAGAAAAGUGAAAAGCAACACAAGAAGAGCACAAAACCUCUAAGAAAGAUACAAUGGAAGAUAUUGACAGCAGAAAGUAAUAUAUAAAAAUUUUUUAAGACAGAACUUACAAAAUGCAUGUGGCAAAGCUAUUCUUUCAGGGUCUAGGCAACGUAGCAAAAUAAAUGUAUUUAGGUGUUAUAAAAGACAUUUCAAAAAUAAAAUUUUUAAUGCAUGAAAAUGUGUAAUGUACUGAACAGAUAGUCCGGUUUGCUAAAUUCUAAUAUACAGUGCUAUGUAGUUAAAUCUGAACUUUAAAUGAGUUUUAAAUCUGUAUUGACUGUCUGAAAAAUUUGUGUGUAGCAAUGCCCAUGAAUGAUAUCUACAAAAAUGCUUUCUGAAUAUAAGAAUAAAUUACAUUUGC